AUGAACCUGGUUUUAGUUUGUGGAAUCAAUAAUAACAAGUUCAUGCUUCAUGAUACAUCAGCUGGAGUACUAGGCAUUGUUGCAAUGAACUUGUCAAUAGUCUCUCAGUUAAGUUCCAUUUCACAACCAAAGUUCUCUUAUUGCUUCAGCAUCGUCAAGAGCCAUAAUUACCUUGCAAAAAUCCCCAUUGGAGCUCCAUCUUCUGAUAUACUCACUACCAUAGACACAAGUAAUGGGAUCUUGUGGAUCCAAUGCAAGCCUUGCCUCCAGUGCAUUGACUACACCAAUUCAUCAACAUACACUCCCUCGUCCUGCAACUCGUCAUCCCAUUGCAAGCUUUCUCCUAAUGGGCAUUGCAAAGAUAUCCCUAAUGGGUGCACUUACCACACUCAAUAUGGUAAUCAAGAUGAGAGCUUUGGUUACCUUGCUUCAAAAUCCAUAGGCAUCAACUCUGAUGGAGGUGUUGAAACCACAAACAUGAACCUGGUUUUUGUUUGUGGAAUCAAUAAUAACAAGUUCAUGCUUCAUGAUAAAUCAGCUGGAGUACUAGGCAUUGCUGCAAUGAACUUGUCAAUAGUCUCUCAGUUAAGUUCCAUUUCACAACCAAAGUUCUCCUAUUGCUUCAGCAACCUAAGUGAUUCAUCGUCGAGAGGUAAUUUGAUAUUCGGUGAUGCACAUAUUAGUGGAUUCACAACUCCGUUAAUAUUUGAUCGCUUCUAUUAUCUUAGUCUGAAUGGCAUUAGUGUUGGUUUGAAAAAGCUUAAUAUUCCACAAGGAACAUUCGAUCGAAAAGACUCAAACUCAGACUCAGACUUGGGCUCAGACUCAAGCUCAGGUGGGGUGAUCAUUGAUAGUGGCACACCACUAACAAUUUUAGCAAAAGAAUGA